CUAUUUUUUAUUCAUUCUAAUUUGUGUUGAACGUAUAAAAAAUACCAAACUAUCAACAUGUCUGGACGUGGUAAAGGAGGAAAGGCACGCGCUAAGGCCAAGAGCCGAUCUUCCAGGGCUGGUCUGCAGUUCCCCGUGGGCCGUGUUCACCGUUUCCUGCGCAAGGGCAACUAUGCCGAGCGUGUGGGAGCCGGUGCCCCGGUCUACCUGGCCGCCGUCAUGGAGUACUUGGCCGCUGAGAUCCUCGAGUUGGCCGGCAACGCUGCCCGCGACAACAAGAAGACAAGAAUCAACCCCCGUCACUUGCAGUUGGCCAUCCGCAACGACGAAGAGUUGAACAAGCUUCUCAGCGGUGUCACCAUCGCCCAGGGUGGUGUACUGCCCAACAUCCAGGCCGUUCUGCUGCCCAAGAAGACCGCCAAGGCUGCCAAAUAAACGCUGAAUCCUCAGCUCAACAAAAACCAACCGGCUCGUUUCAGAGCCACCACAACUUCAAAAAAGAGAUGGAAUUUCGUGUCUGUCAAUAAAUUCUCAUGUCUGUGUAGGCCUAGGCCUUUUUAUUUUCAAUAGUUAAUAAACGUUUAAUUUCGGUCGCUUGAUAUUCAGGUUAAAAGCCUAGGCCUAUAGGCCUACAUGAUAAAAGGAUGGGUGUCUUUAAAUUUUAAUAAACAUAAAUGUACUAAAUAUUGUUAGGCCCUUGGGUUGAAACUCGGCAGGGGGUGGGUUUAGGCAUGCAGUUCUAAAUCAGAAAAUGAAAUAUUGAAAAGGGUUGGGGAGUUGUCUGAAUUUAUCACACUUGAUUUUCAAAUGUAUUUUCAUUUUUCAAAAACAUGAUGUAAACAAAAAUCAUGUUUAUUCCUACUAUUUCCUAGCAGCUAGUUACAACCUAUAUGUUGUAUUCUGUGCAAAGAUGAAAAUGCACAUGAUCUCUAUUUAUUUGGAUUGUGUCAAGUUCUGUAACUGCUACAUGUACAUGUACAUUUUGUACACGACUAGAUUGAAACAGGAAUAGGGCUAGAUAUAGAGUCACUAGAGCUGGGAAGGGGGGGGGGAGCUAUGAGGCACAAAUGAACAUUUCUACAAAGUACAAGAGGGGGGGGGGGGGGAAACAAAACAUCUCUAUAUUGGGGGUUUGAAAGUAAUCACGGAAAGGAAAA